CGACUCAUUUCGGACAUGGGAGGAAGUCCGGAAGCCAAUCGCUGCUCGCUGCUGCCAUCGUCACCGGAAAACAUGGCGGCGCUCAUGACAGGAGCAGUGAGACAGUUGGCUCUGCAGGAGAGCGGCUGGCUCCUGCCUGCAGUCUGGCAGAUGUAUACGGAAACAUGGCACCAUCACCAUCACCUUGCAGGCUCCUCUCUGGGCUACAUCCCCCGUAGGGCAGUUCUCUACUGCCCUGGCAAUGAUGAGCGAAAAUUGAAGAAACUGCCCACGCUGGAUGUCGAUUGUGCUGUGUUGGACUGUGAAGAUGGUGUGGCUCUCACUAAAAAGGUGGAGGCCAGGGAAACCAUAUCUCGGAUUUUGCCGGAGUUGAACCUCGGCCGGACGGAGAAGUGCGUGAGGGUGAACUCGGUUUCCAGUGGUCUAGCUGAAGCGGAUCUACAGGUUAUUCUGCAGGGAAGAGUUCUUCCUCCUGCUGUCAUGUUACCUAAGGUGGAGGACACUCAGGAGGUCCAGUGGUUUGUUGACAGGUUUCUGCACCACUUGAAAGGACGGGAGCUGACGGAGCCCAUCCGCCUGGUCACCUUUGUGGAAACCGCUGUGGGCCUGCUUAAUUUAAGGGCUGUGUGUGAGGAAUUUCGGCAACUUGCCCCCCAGGCUGGACUUCAUCAUGAUGGUGUGGUGUUUGGCUCAGACGACUUCUGCGCCAGCAUCGGUGCCACACGGACAAGAGAUGCCAAAGAGCUCCUGUACGCGAGACAGAAGGUGGUUGUGACGACCAAAGCAUUUGGGCUGCAGGCCAUCGACCUGGUUUACAUUGACUACAAAGAUGUGGAGGGACUGAGGCAACAGGCCAGAGAAGGAGCUCUUAUGGGUUUCACAGGGAAGCAGGUGAUCCACCCAGGACAGGUCCAAGCUGUGCAGGAAGAAUUUUCUCCAAGUCAGGAGCGGAUCCAGUGGGCCAAAGAGCUCAUCGCUGCUUUUGACCAACACCAGAAGGAGGGAAAGGGUGCGUUCACCUUCCGUGGCAGCAUGAUUGACAUGCCCUCGCUGAAGCAGGCUCAGAACGUUGUAGCGCUGAGCGCCACCGUGCCAAAGGAAAAUCCCGACGUGUGAGUGGAGAAAGGAGGAACCGCGGGGAUGAAGACGCUUCCAGAUUUGGCUUGAAGGCUCAUCACAACAUACAAAUACAGCUCUUCCGGGUCAUCCCCAAAUGCUUAAUUUCUGUUGAUUUGAUUGACUGGGAAAAUAUGUUACAAUUUUACAGAAGCAAAAACAAAAAAACUUUUGACUUUGCCUCUGGAGACCCCACCAAGCGCGGCCGGCGUGUGUUGCGGUGGGCCGUAUCCAUCCCCUCCAGCCUGAGCGCUUUCACCGUCUGCCUCUCUCUUGAGUUAUGAUGAAUGCUCUUCCCUCAACAGGCCACGCUCAGGGCAGAAGGGUAAACAAACAAAUCAAGCCGUUGUUCAGGGUCUAUUCACUGCGUCCCAGCCUUGCAGUCAGAUCUCAGCCCCCCCUGCUCACGGCUCGACUCACAAACUUCACAAAAGAAGAUGUAAACUCACCGUUCAGCUUUCCUCAGUGCUCAGAGCAGCUUUUGGUGGAACUGCUACUCUUUAUGCACUGAUUGGGUAAAUACACCAACAAUAAAAAGUGCUUUGGUAAAAAAAAAAAAAAAAAAGUGCAGUCAUGUCCACGUCUGACUUGCAGAGACUGCGAAGUGGGUGUGAUGUUGGAAUCAGACAGAUUAGUGGCCAUGUUGCGGCUGUAGACCAGGACCGGGCCUUUGUCUCUGUGACUGCGGAUGGGAGGAUAAUUGAGGGGGUGUUGAAUGGUUAAUAGUGCCAUUGGUGACCAUGGUAAUGAAAGGCGCCAUACCUCCUCUACCCCACCUCAUCCACUCGUCCUUCUCUGUGUCUCUCCUACUGUAUGAUCUAUUGUGUCUGGGGCAGAGCGGGGGUCUGUGCCAGGCCAGACAAAAAAUAUGGAAGCCCGUCCAGCCGGAGACCCGGACAGUAAGCUGUCUUUUUGGAUUUGGGCCAUGUCUUUAUCCUCUUAAAUGUAUUUUCAUUCACUUUUUUUGAUGUGAUCUGACAUUUGUUGGUAAAGAAACUUAUUGGUGACUUUUGCUGCGUGGAAUUAAAAAAAGAUGUGAAUAGGGUUCAUGUUUGAAGCGUUCAUCUCUUAAGCAUUAAUUUUAAAAGUUAUUUUGCCUGAAUUACUUGAUUUUGUGUGUUCUAUACAACUUGAACCAAUUCUAUAGUGACUGAUUUUUUUUUUUUUUUGCUAUAAGUUCAGUAACAUUUUUUUUAUAUUUCUGCCUAAGAUCAAUAAAAAUAUUACCAAAGAA